AUGGCAGCUCGGCGAAGUAUUGGCGGGGGUGGGUGCGUUAGUCCUCUCCGGAUCGGAUCAGCUGUGUACGGCCUGGUGUUUGGGUUGUGUGCGAGUCCCCCAGGACUGCACACAGCUGUUCUCCAUGUAUGUUUGACCUACAUGAUGGGGACCGCCGAUGGUAUCCAGUCCUCGUUCGGAGGGACUACAGUAAAUGUGUGCCCCCUCCGACUCGCACUGUGUGGAGCAGGCUGUGAACCCUCCCCUGAGUUUGACGAGAGGAAGUUAUUUGUUAUUUUUGCCGUGAGCCAUUACCCAAGAGUCCUGUGA